UUAUUUAAAAUCAGAUUAGGUUUAACUUGCCAUUGCAGAAUAUGCCUGUAUCCCAGGUGGCAAUGAUUUGCUGUCGAUUGGAAACCACAGUUUAAAGCAUAAUCAUAUUGUGCUGUAAUACAAUUUUACUGUAUCUUGGAUUUCCUUUUGUUUGUGAUGACAUGAAUUCCCUCAGAAUAUUUCCAAAGAUUUAAAGGUGAUGGUGGUCUACAUUAUUUUAGACCAUGUUUACUCUGAUAAGCAACUGCUGCAGCUGGAUGAAGAAACUGCAUGAGCCUGUCAGGAAAGUGACUGUGAUCGUGGUGGGCCUUGACAAUGCUGGAAAAACUGAGACAGUGAAAGGAAUACUGAAAGCUCCACCAGAUGAUGGACUUCCUACGUCUAAUUUUGUAAAGCAGCAGCUGAGAGUCGGACAGUUUGAUGUCUCCCUCAUAGAUCUGGAUGGUAAAUCAGAAGCUCGUGGCCUUUGGAAGAAUCACUAUGGAGAAGCUCAUGGAUUUAUUUUUAUUCUGGAUGCGAGUGAUAUUGACAGAAUUGGAGAGGCCAAGAACCAACUGGCCAGCAUGCUGAAGCAUUCCAGGGUGUCUGGAAAACCUCUAUUGCUGCUGGCCAAUAAACAAGACAAGGCAAAUGCCAUGCUAGGAAAUGAGCUCAUUGAGGUGCUGUCACUGGAGAGGCUAGUGAAUGAAAGUCACUCACGCUGCCAUAUUGAACCAUGUUCAGCAAAACUGGAUUUUCAGAGGUGGUCGGAGAGGAGAACACUAAGGGGACUGUGCUGGCUUCUUCAUGCUAUAUCUUUGGACUACAGUGACCUCUGUGCACGUGUGGCAGGAGAUUCUUCAAAACCAGAAUGUCAGGUGGAAAAAGAAAACCAAAGAAACAAGACAGUACGAGGCUCUAAGUCCAGAAAAGAAAAGGGAAAUGAAGUUAAAGUUUCAAAAAAACAUGCUGUGCAACAGAUGCAGCCCUCGUCAGUGCUGAAAGAAGCCCCAAAAUCUGUUUAUGAUAUUAUAACUAAGGAACACAAGCUAAAAAGGAAGUUGAAAAAAAAGAAAGUAAAAAUAAGUGAUUUGUCUAAAUCCAAAGGACAACUGGUAGAGAACAUCAGACAAACUGGAAAUCUGGAAGACGAAUCCAAUGGAGUGAUACAAAAUGAAAGCUCCUUAAAAUCUGGAAAGGUCACCUGUAGAUCAAGUGUCCCUCUAGCUGUGAACAAGGUGGGCGAAGUCCUCAAUCAAGACUCAAAAAAAACAGACCUGCAGGAACGGGCAGAAAACUCUAGCCCUAAAAAAGGGAAGCGAGGGAAAAGUAAAAAGGUUGCAAAGAAGAAAAAUCAAAUCAAUUCAGAAGAAGCUCCACCAUCAUAUACGCAACCCGUGGAUAUGUCUGACACCUUUGAUCUGUACAGAAAAGCCAUAUUGGCCCUCAAAGCGAGACAAGAACAGAAACAUUGAAAAUUAGGCUAAUCUCUCUUGUGACCUACAAUACACCAGCUGAUAUCUGUCUGCGUGGUUCCUGCUGCUGCUGACCUGAAACAGCAUUUGACACUUGCAAUAUGUCAUCAAUAGGAUCUACUUACAGAUUUAGAUCUUACACAGACUCGUGACCAGCUAAACACAGCACAGUUUCAGGCAGAUGAAGGAUCAAAUAUGCUUAUGCCAAUUAAGACAUGCUUGAUAGCAACGAGAUGGUAAUUAAGUUUCAGACUUACAACUGUCUACAGCCAACCCUAAUCCUAUUUUUAAACUAAAAAAUGGUAUUAUUGAAAGCUAAAAUAAAAUUAGAGAUGCUUAAAAAAACAAGAAGAACAAAAUAGAAAAAAAAUCUCUGCCACAUUCAUACAAAAAGUGACGAUAUACUGGCUGUGGCUGUACUUACAUGAUUGUUGCCUGCUGAAUGCCCUCCUUUUACAGGACAUGCUAUGGAAACGGACUUCUUUGUUUCUUCCAGUCUAACAGUUACAGUAUAUACAAUGACAAGAGUGUUCAUGUGAAAGUAUUCAGUGUGUGUAAAGUGUAUUUCUCUCUAUAUGUUUACUGUAAAUAUGAUUGCAAUUAAAAAAACAACAUUAAUGCAUUUUCCUCUA